AUGAUACAUCACGCGCCCUUGUUCCGCGCGCCUGCGCAGACCAUCAAAUACAAUGGCUUGCUAUUCGAUAUGGACGGCACCAUUAUUGAUUCCACUGAGGCAGUCGUAAAGCAUUGGCACAAGAUAGGAAGAGAGAUCGGCGUUGACCCCAACGUGAUCCUCGAGACCUCGCACGGCCGAAGAUCCAUCGACGUACUCCAGAUCUACGAACCCAAACUUGCAAACUGGGAAUACAUUUCGCACGCAGAAGGAUUGAUUCCAAAGGAAUUUGGCCAGGACGCAAUCGAGAUACCAGGGUCCCGCGCGAUCCUGGACAAGCUCGAGCAAGAGGCUGUUCCAUGGGCGAUCGUCACUUCAGGCACGCGACCUCUGGUAAACGGCUGGCUCAACGUCAUGCAGCUAGCACACCCGAAGAAUCUCGUCACCGCAGAAGACGUGCCAAACGGUAAACCGGACCCGACCUGCUAUCAACUGGGCAAGGCGAAAUUAGCUCUGGAUCAGCAGGAUCCUUCAAUUGUAGUCUUUGAAGACGCGCCUGCUGGUGUCCGAUCGGGAAAGGCUGCAGGGUUUACGGUAGUUGCGCUUUGGACGACGCACAAGAUCGAGCAGCUACAAGAGGCUGGCGCUGAUUUUAUUGUCAAAGACAUGGAGAGCGUUACGCUCAAGUCGUGGAACCAAUCAACAGGCGAAGGCGAACUUGAGAUUGUGAACGCGUACGAGGGAUAG